AUGAAAACACAGGGUAUUACGAUUUUCCCCACUUGUACUGACCUUCCAAUAGAAAACAUCGACUUAGCAAAAUGGGCACUUUUUAAUAUUCAAGAUGUCAAACGCAAAAAUUUAGAGAUGUUACUCAAAUGGAUUGAAUUAGUUCACCUGCCAAUUACGGCGGUUGGUCCUAUAUUUAGUCCAGACAACUUUGACGACGCCAAACAGAAUUAUGUCAAGUUGCUCAUCAAAAACAGUGACAAAGUUUUUAAAUGCAAAGGCGAUAUCUUCCCCCACUUUGAUGAGUUAGACAAUGGAUUUGUAGCUCUAUCUCCACAAGACGCGUUUGAUGGGCUUUUAUACCCGGUGUGUACAAAAAGCAUAUUUGAAGGUAUUUUAAUCACAUUAAAAUACUUUUACACGUCGGAAGCAUUUACUGAGUUAGUAAUAAAGAAAAAAAGUUUAAUAGAGAAGGAGAAGAACCACGGAGACUUACUUCUAUUAUCAAAUGCGGCGACCUUGUGGUCGAACCUCUUUGAGAAAGAGACUUCCAAAGAGACGAUAGAAAGACUGAGAGGGGUUUUUAAAGUGAUUGAGAAGCCUGUUUUUGCGAUACACAUAUUGCCUGCAGAUACUCAGAAGAAUGAGCCUGACAACAUCCUUCGGUCAGCCCCGGAGAAGCGAAGUGAGUCGUUAAAAAUGGCGCCAAAAAGCCCACAAACGUCGCCAAAAGAAGUUUCUAAAAGAAAGUCAUUAGUGCGGUUAAAAUCGUUUUCGGACAUCAAUGGAGCCAUUAUGAAUUUUUUGCGACUGGACUCUCCUCGAGAACAUAAAGAGAAAAAAAGACGGAGUACUGUAGUUGGUGACGAUUUGGUAGACAUCACCAUCGACGAGAAAAAGAGUAAAAGUGUUGGAUCGACAAAAGUGUCACAAAAUGAGUUCAAAAUGAGUGAAUUAGAAAAGGAGUGUGAGAGUAUUCAUAUAGAAGACAUUUCGACGUUAAAAGUGGAAUACAACAAGAAAGAUAAAAAACUGUUUACUCUGAACACUAAAGAAUUUGCUCAACAAAUCUACGCUUUCGACUUUUAUUUGCUCAGAAAAAUGACGAUCUCAGACUUCUUACACACAACAAUGAACACACAAACUUAUUUGCAGCAAAUUGGUAAGUUGGAGGAAUUGGCAGACUCUUUUUUACAGAACAAAGAAGGUUCACAAGUCGCGUUCGAGUUCUUUGUGGAAACAGCAACACAUCUUUUGAACUUCGGAGACUAUAAUGCAGCGUUUUUGAUAUACUCCGCAUUGGCAUAUAGUUUCGACGAAUUUGCAGAUGAUUGGGAAAAUAUGAAUAAAGCUUUCAUGAAAAAUUAUGUUGUAUUGGACUCGUUGUUCUUCGACUCUAAGACAAGUACAUAUCCUUCGCACUUCAAAAAUGAAAGGUCUAUAUACACUAAAAUACCAGUGAUGAGCAUUCUAUUGGGCGCUAUAUCAAAUGUGUAUGAAACAUCGAAAGAAGACAAGAAGGCGGAAGUGCUGUUUGUUGAGAAGUUCAAAAUAGUGCAGAAGAGUAUUGUGCCCAUUUGUAGUGUCUACAAUACUAACCAAGUAAUCCCAUUAAAUCGGGGAAUACAGAAGUUCUUGUUUAUUGUGGCGAAUAGUAAAUGA